CGCUUCCUUUGCUAUUAUAUCUAACUGGCUGAGGAGGCAGCCCCUGGAAAGAAACCCGGUAGCCUGAAGGAUCUCUCUCCUUCUAUGUGGUGAGUGGUGCCGGCUGUUAUGUUUCCUUAUCUGCCUGGAGAGUGUCUUCAGAUUGGAAUGAAUGAGAUUUCAGUCUUGGCCUCCCCUGAGAGAUUCAGUUUUGCGUCACUUCCAUCCACGUCCCUGCGAACUGAUGGCUCCUUCACUAGCAGCAAGAGAUGAGACUGUCACACCCCUUGGAUUCUCUACCCCAAUUAUGGGGAGUUUAGGAUCUGUGGCCCCUGUCAUCAUCAUUGUCCUUCUGCUGCUUCUCUGCUCCCCCUUCAGAAGGAAAAAAAGGCAAUUAUCAACCAGAACUUUGAAGAAGAAUGCAACUUCAUCAGAACUCCUCAGUAUAACAAAAUUAGAAGAUAGGCAGAAUCUGAAAGAGAAACCUCCUGAAGAGGGAACGUUGCAUAAAGGUAGCUCUUUGCCAAAUAACCCAGAUGAGAGCCAAACCAAUGGUUGUGUUUCACACCCUCUGCCAGCAAACGCUCUAAAAUAUCCAGGCACAACAAGCCCAAACCACCAAAAGACAGAGAAGUCAGGGAGGACAGUAAGCUUUGGUCCACAAAUGUCAUGUCCAGAUGCAACCAUCCCAGGCUCGCUGCAGCUCAGGAAGCUCCCCAUGACUCCAAGAGAAGAGGACAUAUCUAGAGCAGAGCUACUGAAUCCAGGUCUGGCUGGCCGAGUUUACGAAAGUAUCAAGGUUGAAGAAAGGACAUUAUGUUCUGGGGACAAGUCAAAAGGCCAGGAAGGCUCUGGCUUGCCCUCCAAUAGCUCAAACUGUUCUACUGUGGAAUCUAGUGGGAAGCAGAACAGGCCUGCAGAGAUAAUGGGCAUGCCUCCGGGGUCUGCUGAUGCAUCAGUGCCAGGGAUGGUGACCCUCGAGCGCAAUGAGUCACACAUGCAACUGCAGGAAUUGACGUGUGAACGAGAUGCUCCCACUGAGUCCACAUCUGAUGUGGAGAAGAAGCUACGGGCCAUGUAUGCGCGAGUGUGCAAAAAACCCAAGGCAGAGCAGCAGUUUCAACCCGCAAACCAUGACAGGCCCACAGAAGAAAGCGAAGAAGAGCCACCUCCUAUCCCAGAAAAACAUUUUGAUGAUAUCUAUGAAAGCAUUGAUGAAGAGGUGCAGGGAAGUGUCGUAACCCCACCAGAUGCAUGAAUAGAGGUGGAGGGAAACAGACAAUGUUAAAUCCAUAUUUGCCUCUAGGCCUUGCAAUACAGGCACAAAACCUUAUUUGGUGCCAAAAAAGCAUUCCAGAAGCCAGACACUCUUCUGUGACUCGUCACUGAGGACCUCCUGUAGUCAUUCUGGAACAACGGUGGUGUAUCGGAUCCUGGCAGCUGCAUAAAAAGUGCCAGCAUUGGUGCAUUCUAUGUUUUACAGCAACAGCAUUCUAUGUUUUACAGCAAUGGAGGCCCACCUUCUUCCACCAGAGUCAAAUACACCCCUAGAAUGUGAUGACUGCUUUGAGACAGGUCAAUCUUGUGGACUCUGCUACAACCUUGAGGGGAGGAAGCUAUUCUUGGCUGGAGUCAGGGGCCAAUUCUGUGGCAAUUCUUUGGGAGGGCAGCACUUCAGAAGCUCAUUAGAGGAAAUAAGAACAUGAAAACAAGAAGAAACAUGAUGCGCUCAGAUGACUGGAGUAUACUGUCUCCUUCGACCAGUAACUUUGCUUUUCUUUGAAAGGUGUGACUUUAUCAAUAUGAGAUUUUCCAUGUCCUCUCUCACUUUCCUGCAGUGGAUUUAGAGGAAAUGGUCAUUGUGGGAUCCACUUAGAACCUGAUUCAAAUAGAUCAUUGCAGAAUGCUUUGUAAAAUGUUGAAGUACUAAAGACUGAAGAUAGUGUUGAAGUAUUCAUGAGAGUAAGACAGAAAUCAGACCAAAUUCCAGGAGGGUUCUAUCCGUUCACCUGGGUGACGAUGCUAGAGAAUGGCCAAUGACAUUCAUGUACAUUUGAGUAAAAUAAUUCUGGCUGUGAUCUAGAGUUGUCACUCCUAAGAUCUUCAGGAGGGGAAAAUCACCGAAGAUGACGACUUCUUAUUUUGUCAUAAAAAUAAUAGAUGAAGUGAGAACUGAAAACCAGUAGUGGCCUUACUAAAUAUACAGUACAUUUUCAUGUCUAUGUGUAGGAGCGCUUCCAUUUGGUCCACCACCUAAAGGGGUGGGGGUAAAAAUAAGAUAAAGCUGGAAAAAGUGAAGAAUGAAGAUAUCUUCGUCACUAAAGUGAUCCAAGAGAUGAACUGUCUUGUGAAGAUGGGAGACAUACAAAAGAUGCACUGAGUGUCCUACUCAAGCUGCUAUUGCCAUUCUCUCAAACUUUAUCUCAUAGUCACGAAUCUACCUGUUUUCCAUUUAAAAGAAAUUAUUGUCAUCAAUGUUAUUGAUAUGUAUUUGCCUAAUGUAUCUAGACACUUUUUAAAUUACUAGCUUUUGUAUUAAGCGCACAUAUAGAGAACUAUGGAAUUGGUGCAGCAAUAUUUGAUACAAUGCUGGAGAUCUGAAUUCUAGUCUCAUUUGAACCGCAAAGUUGCCCUUAACCUCAAUUCUCAUCUGCAAAACGGGCAGCCUGGAAACCUGCCUGGCAGCAUUGUUCCGAGGACGCGCACAACUUUGUUUUGGCACGGCUCUCAUUUGUUUUCAGUGGACCUGGUGGAGGAGAACUUCCCACUGGAUUGCCAAUAGUAAGAAAAUAGAUGUUCCAAGAAAGGUCUGAGCUUGUAGAUCCCUGUAAACUAUUUCACACACAAUCAUCCUUUCUGCAUAAUGACGAUUUUUCCUCUUUCUGCUGCCAGCCGCAAGCAAAAUUACACUGGUCGCUCUGGAGAUGGUAUUAUUAAAUCUGCUUCAUGUUAGCACACUAAGAUGAGAUUAGUAUGAGACUCUUAACAUUUUGGGGUUCAGUGUUAUCCUUUUUCAUAAUUAAAAAAGAACCAGUUUCA